CCGGGGCGGGGCCGUGCAGUGCCCGGGGCGGCGGGAGGAGCGCAGCCGGGCCAUGGCGGGGCGGGCGGCGGGCGGGGAGCGGCGGCUCCCCCGGGACUGCUGCGAGGGGCUGGGCGCGCUGGAGUACCGGCAGGUGGAUGUGACAGCCAUGGUGCAGCUCUUCGGCUACAUAGAUGUGACUGACUCUGGCUUCAUUGCGGCUGUCCUCUCCAUCGCCUUCAACCCGCUCUUCUGGAAUGUGGUAGCCAGAUGGGAGCACAAAACGCGAGCACUCAGCCGAGUCUUUGGCUCUCCACGUGCUGCCUGCUACUCCCUGGGCGCCGUUAUCCUGAUGCUUAACUGUGUGCGAAGCCAUUGCUUCACAGAAGCCAUGAAGAGCCAGCCGAAGCUGGAGAGCUUGGACUGCCACUGGGCCUAUUACUCAGGCUUUGCCAUCUUGGCUGUAGGGACCUUGUUUGUCAUCUCCAGCUUCUUAGCACUAGGAUUCACUGGAACAUUCCUAGGUGAUUACUUUGGCAUCCUGAUGGAGGCAAAAGUGACCAGUUUCCCCUUCAGCAUCCUGGAUAAUCCCAUGUACUGGGGCAGCACGGCCGUCUACCUGGGCUGGUCCCUCAUGCAUGCAAGCCCAGCUGGCCUUUUCCUGACAGCUGUAGUGGCAAUUUCCUACACAAUCGCAAUGCUGUAUGAGGGGCCUUUCACAGAGGAAAUAUAUCGGCAGAGACAGAAGAGAGUGAAGAACAAGUAGCAACAGCAGUGUCUCGGAUACGUCGGCACAGCGUGCCUCUCUGGUCCCCACAUUGUCUGAUUUGCCCGUUUUCCUACUGAGAUGGAUCCUACUAAUUAGCCCAGCAACCCUUAAUGAGCCAACUGAGCACUCUGCGGUAUUAGAAGCAAUCAGAGGAACAGCCCAAGCGUGGCGGCACCUCCUCGCUGGGCCUCGCCGGAGCCGGAAGGCCCUGUCCCUGCAUCUCUGUCUCCAUUGCUGGGUCACUGCUGCUCCUGCCACGAAGGCGAUGCUCUUCUGGGAGCCACGGGACUUCCCAAUCUCUUCUCCUGCACUGAUUAUUGGAGAUCUGCAAGGGAAAAAGCAAUUCAGGGCCAGCCCCAGCCUGGAGGGCAAACAGAGUAAUGAUGGAGACGUGGGGAGGUCCUUUUGUAAGCGCACUCUAAGCAUAAGGAGGCACCAGCUCCCACUAGUCCUGAAGGUCAUCUGAAGAUGCUGCCGAAGAACCACAGGAAGCAAACAGAAGCUUGGGCAAAGCAACGGAAAGGGCUCAGGAGCCUCUGAGAUGUUCAAACACGGCUGGAGAAGGAAGAGGGAAAACCACUAUAAACUCAACAACAACAAAAUCUGCUGCAAAGCCAAUAAUACCCCCCCCCCUCAUUUCUGGGAGAGGGACACCUCCCCACCCAGAGCUGUAUUUUCCUGCCUGUGUAGAGCCCUAUAGCAUCUCUGCAGUAUUUGCUCCAAGAAAGGUGACUGAAAAAAAAACACGUAGAUGUGAAUGUACAACCUAAACCACAGGAGAUGGAGGACUGGUGGGCAUCCCAUGGGUAAGCCCAACCGGGAGAAGACCAAGGGGAAGAGUCAAUCCCCAUCCAUACCCUACUGCUAGCCCAUCCCUGGCUGUGUCGGUGCCCCAGCCCCCUCCAUACCCACCCAGCCCCAGGGGCCGCGUGAGGGUCCUUCCUGCCUUCCCCACCACCCAGUGCCUUCCAAUUAUUUUUCACUGCCUUGCAGGGAUGGUGGGUAGGAUGGAGGGAAAAGACUGCUUCUACCUUCCACACUGUGCAGCAGCUGAAUACGGAUCUGCCCCUCCACUCCUGCCACCAGCUUCAGUGAGUCCCUGAGAGCCCUGAAUGGGAAGGCACCUGAGGUGAUGCUCCAGAGCCACGCUCAGUGUUGACAGAUUCCCAGAAUGGUUUGAGAAAUAAGCUGUAAGUGACCAAAACCAAGCAAUGUGAAGCCUGGAGAAAGGAGCUGCACUUCUGCCGGCUCCCACACAGGCACUGGGAUACGGUGCCGCAUCUCAGCAUCACAUCCUCCCUUUUCUCAGUGUCGCUUCCACAAACUGGUCCAGUUUCCUUUUGCUUUUGCAUGUUGUAAUUCACCCUUUGGACACUGCUCGGCAGGAAUUAAAAGUGUUGAUUUCUUUUCG